AUGGACUCGCUCGUAAAUGUGUUUCACACAACUUCAGAUGCCCUCGGUAUAGAAUGGGCACCUCUUCACCUCCCCAUGGCUCGUCGCCUGCAAACCUUAGCCGCUACGUUCUGGAUCUGUCUAGUCUUGUUUGGAGAAAGUUCAUGUGGUUUCCUCUUUAUACGACUCCUGUACUCCUCGUACUGGUGGCUAGCGUUGAUGUAUGGUUUCUGGAUGCUUAAGGAUUUAGAUGUGUGUAAUAAAGGUGGAAGAAAAAUAGAAUGGGUACGAAAUUGGUCGAUAUGGCGAUACUACCGUGACUAUUUCCCAAUGAAACUUGUCAAAACCACCGACUUGGAUCCAAGUAAAAACUACCUUUUCGCAUGUUUUCCUCAUGGAGUAGUGUGCUCGGGAGCUUUCACCGCAUUUUGCACAAAUGCUUUAGAUUUUUAUAAAGUGUUUCCUGGCAUGAACAGUAACAUGAUUACGUUAGGGGGUCACUUUCGAGUACCUUUUUUUAGAGACUUGAUACUCGGCUUGGGCUCUUGUGCAUCUUCUGUAGAAAGCUUGUUAUAUCUUCUUGACAAGAAGAAACAUCAAGGAAAAUGCGUAGCUUUGGUAGUAGGCGGUGCGGCCGAAGCGCUCGACUCUCAUCCCGGAGAAUAUAAGGUGAUUUUAAAUAGAAGAAAGGGAUUUAUUAAAGUCGCCAUGAUGUCCGGAGCUCCACUCGUACCAGUGUUUUCAUUCGGGGAAACAGAUGUCUUCCGUCCCUUCAACAACCCAAGCGAUAGUUUACUUCGCAAAUUUCAAGAAAAAGUGCGCCAAUUUACGGGCAUAUCGCCCAUUUUUCCUAUUGGUCGUGGCAUGUUUCAAUACAGUUAUGGGGUUGUGCCUUUAAGAGCCCCUGUCACUACUGUUGUUGGAGCGCCGAUGGAAAUAGAAAAAAACCUGGAUCCAACAGAUGAGGAAGUAGAUGCAAUUCAUGCGAAGUUCACAAAAAAACUUAUAGAGCUUUUUGAAUCUGAGAAAUCGAAAUAUUUAAAAAAUUAUGAAAAUACUCAUCUCGUUAUUACA